AUGUCGGAACCCAGACAUCAUCAGCUUUCGGAGGACGGCUCAUCGACUUCGAUUGAGAUCCGCCGGUUGCCAACGCGGGUGUCCAACGCAUGCAGUAGAUGCCGUCGGAACAAGAGCAGAUGUGAUUCGUUCAGGCCGUGCUCGCUCUGCGUGCGAGCCAACGUCGAUUGUGACCAGGCGUCUGUUGACGAGCAUCCAAGAGACAGAGCUCGGAAUCGCAGCGAACGUCGCGCGUCCAAGUUGCGAAAGUAUGCAAAACAAGCUCGCAUUUGUUGCAUCCAGGUGUUUGCGGUUCAUAUUAGACUAACAUGCAUAAGACGUCCUCAAGCUACUCUUCUCAGUAAUGCCCGCUCUGCGUCCAGCCUCCCGACGGAACAGGCUUUAUCUCCGCAGGAGGAGCGCGUGGCAGGGAGUGUCGAGAGUGAUUACGCAGUAGACUCGAUUAACCAACGCGGUUCGUGGCCAUCGCUAGAUUAUGGUGAAUCGGAGUCAGCAAUGGGCAUUGCCCGCAAGAUCUAUCGCCUGGGAAGUCAAACAAUCGACGAGAACCAAACAUCAGCUAUUCCGGACGGUGGAGCAGGUACCCGGACCCCUCUUCCGAGGAACGGCUGCCAGCGUCUUCCAAUACCCACCAUUCUUGAAGGCCGCUUCCCGGAUCUUGGCACAAUCCAGUUGCUGCUAGAGGAGUACUUUGAGGCUGUCCAUUGGUUCUCUCUCGUCCUAUACGAACCAAAAUUCCGCCGACAGCUUCAGUCGAUUGAGGAUGGCUUGGCACAUCCCUCGGAGGCGCCUUUCUUGAUUCUGUUAUCAACGGUACUUGGCAUGGCAGCAUGGUAUCAGUCCAAAAAGGGUCCUCGUGAUGGGAGCCAAGAAUGGAAGCUAUGGAGCGAUGAUCUACUCAAGAUUGUAGAAACGCGGCUGGUCCAGGUCAUGGAUCAGCGCUCUUUGGCAGCGGUGCAGACCCUCAUCCUAUUGGGGUCUCAUCAUGUGUACCACGGUCGGCCAAAUCUGUCUUUUGCCCUGCUGGGUGCAACCAUCAAGAUGUCUCACGCCUUGGGUCUACAUCGAAGACAAAAAGACGGAUCGUUCGAUGACGUUGAAGAGCGUAAGCGGGUAUGGUGGACUAUCUACACAUGGGAUAGAUUCGCCUCGAUCUCGUAUGGACGUCCUCUUAGUAUCAACGACGAAGACUACAAUGUCGACUUGCCAGCCAAGUUCACUGAGUCGCCGUUCUUUGGGGUAGAUACCGCACACGCACAAGUAACUAGUAGCGUUUGCUAUUCACCGUAUCAGACAGAGCUAACGCAGUUAUACCUCAUCGCAUCACCAGCGCUGAAGAAAAUAUUCGGCUCUCUGUCGGCACGCGCAACAUACCAAUACUUCGACUCGGAGCACCGAUCCAUGAUCAGCAACGUGACACAGAGACUGGCAUCGUGGCGCCGCCAUUUGCCGCCGGACUUAUGCUUGGACCUGAAGCGGGACUACGACCCUCUCACCACGGGCUGGAGCGUACGGGCGCAUCUUCUUCAAUCUUUGUCCUUGCAGUUGACAUUCGACAACCUGUUGAUCGUGCUGCAUCGACCAUUCCUGACUCGUCAGUUGGAGAACCUUUCUUUGAGCAGUCCCGGACCGAAUGGCAGCAGCGUCGCAGACAUGAUUUCUCCAUCGGCAAGCCACGCCGGCCCUCAAAGCCUAGCCUCCCACGGCGGCAGUGUCCACUCGCCCCGUGAGAAUCAGGAUUUCGGAGCCGAGCCAACGGCGAUUUCGGAACAAUGGUGGGACGCAGCAGUCAGAACUGCCAGCGUGACGGAACUGCCACAGCUUACCCAACUUGCGACUGAAAGUCACCUCGUGGCAUUUGUGGCUAUGAACAUGUUCAACGCGGCCAUUGUCCUGAUUCUGGUUGCCCUCUCGGACCCUCUUUCCGACCAAGCCCAAGGGAUAAAGAGGCCGAUUACCAAGGUCUUCCGGCUGGAAGAGCUCCUGGGUCAGAGAUCGUCGCUGUCUAGCCAAAGCAGUGCCGUGCUGAAGAAUCUCAUACGUCUGCUCCUUCGGCGCGAGAGUGAAGCCAUGAUCGGACCGACCGCUCCCCCGAGCUCGGGCGUCGUGGAUCAUACGGCGGCACCGCAACCUCCUCUUCCUGACGUCGACCCAGCUUCUGCAGUUUCGGAGCGAGUCUCUCACACCCAGACCGAAUCCGUGAUUAACAUCUUGGUCCACGGACCAGAUCAAGGACAUGGGCCCAAUCCAAGCUUCGCACAACGCCUCAAUGAAAGUCUAGCUUCCGUCCAGCAGAUCAUUCCGCCAUUUCAGAAUGAAUACUUGCAGCCUAAUCCUGCAGCAGAGUCAGGGAAUGACGGUGUAUUGCUAGGAAAUGAAUCGCAGCAUCUUGGGUACGCAGCUGGGUCUUGCCAAGGCCCAACAGAGUCAACAGGGCAGCAGCAUGCGGUAGAUUAUGGGGCGAACGGUCUUUUCUGGCUCUGGGAUUCUACUUGGAGUGGCCAAGUGCCGUAG